AACAUUUCCGAUUUUCAGGCUCGAUAAUACUUCGAUUUUUCAACCGCCGAUGAUUAACAGAUAGUGGAAGACUAUAUUAAGGCUUAACGAGAUACCAAACACUAGUCAUUCAGUCAUGAACCAAGCGAAAGAAUACGCCGAAACGAACGCUAUCCAGUUUCGUCAUGUGGCGGAACUGGUGGAUGAAUUUCCUAAGGAGUUCAAAAAAAUGAAAGGUCGAAUUAUCGAUAUUGGCUGUGGUCCUGGAAAUAUCACCAGAGAUGUACUCCUCCCAAAUGUCGACAAGGAUGCUGUUAUUGUUGGUGCUGAUGUAUGCGCAAACAUGAUUGAAUAUGCAAAACAGCAUUAUGGAGUUGAUGAUAAAUUGUCCUACCUUCAAUUAGAUAUCCAAACACCUGAACUGCCAGAAAACUUGAUUGAACACUUUGAUAACGCAGUGUCGUUCUAUGCCCUUCACUGGUGCAAGAAUACAAAACAAGUAUUGAAAAACAUAUAUAAACUCCUUCGUCCAGGGGGUAAGGCCAUCAUUCUGACAAUUUCACAUCACAUGAUCUACGAUAUGUAUCCGGAACAGGAAAACGAUCCAAGAUUUGCACCAUACGUAAAGAAUUCAAUGAAGUGGGCACCUCCUCACCAGGGCUGUUCGGAUGCUGAGCAGAUCAUGAAGAAAGAUUUAAUUGAAGCUAAAUUCAACGUGGAGUACUGCACUAACAAAUGGGAAACAUUCAAGUAUCCGAGUUUUGAGGCUUUCAUGGGUAAGGUCCAUAUGCAGAAUUAAUAUCUUGAAAUGAUU